AUGGCCAACCCACCCCACGGCGGCGUCCUCAAGGACCUCAUUGCGCGCGAUGCUCCGCGACACGACGAGCUCUCUGCUGAAGCCGAGACUCUGCCCGCCGUCGUCCUGACCGAGCGCCAGCUUUGCGAUCUCGAGCUGAUCCUGAACGGUGGAUUCUCUCCUCUCGAAGGUUUCAUGAACGAGGCCGACUACAAUGGAGUCGUCAAGGAGAACCGACUUGCGAGCGGCGUCCUCUUCUCCAUGCCAAUUACUCUAGACCUCUCGCAACAGACGAUCGAUGAGGCAGGCAUCAAGCCCGGGCAGCGCAUCACCCUCCGUGACCUGCGUGACGACCGCAACCUGGCCAUCCUCACCGUUGACGAUGUGUACCGGCCCGACAAGGAGCUCGAGGCUAAGGAAGUCUUCGGCGGUGACGAGGAGCACCCGGCCGUUGCCUACCUCUUCAAGACGGCCGCGGAAUUCUACGUCGGUGGCAAGAUUGAGGCCAUCAACCGCCUGCAGCACUAUGAUUUCGUUGACUUGCGCUACACCCCGGCCGAGAUCCGGCUGCACUUUGACAAGCUCGGCUGGACCAAGGUUGUCGCCUUCCAGACCAGAAACCCGAUGCACCGUGCUCACCGUGAACUGACUGUCCGCGCCGCUCGCUCGCAUCAUGCCAACGUGCUGAUCCACCCUGUCGUCGGUCUGACCAAGCCCGGCGACAUUGACCACUUCACCAGAGUCCGUGUCUACAAGGCGCUCCUGCCCAGAUACCCCAACGGCAUGGCCGUCCUGGGUCUCCUGCCGCUGGCCAUGAGAAUGGGCGGCCCCCGUGAGGCCAUCUGGCACGCCAUCAUUCGCAAGAACCAUGGUGCCACUCACUUCAUUGUUGGCCGUGACCACGCCGGUCCCGGCAAGAACAGCAAGGGUGUCGACUUCUACGGCCCUUAUGAUGCCCAGUACGCGGUUGAGAAAUACCGCGACGAGCUCGGCAUCGAGGUCGUGCCCUUCCAGAUGAUGACCUACCUUCCCGACAGCGACGAAUACGCCCCUGUCGACACCAUCCCCAAGGGUGUUCGCACCGCCAACAUCUCGGGCACUGAGCUGCGUGCAAGACUCCGAAGCGGCCGCGAGAUCCCCGAAUGGUUCUCGUACCCCGAGGUUGUGAAGGUUCUCCGCGAGUCGCACCCGCCGCGGUCGGCCCAAGGUUUCACCGUCUUCUUGACCGGCUACCAGAACAGCGGUAAGGACGCUAUUGCGCGUGCCCUGCAAGUGACGCUCAACCAGCAGGGCGGCCGUUCCGUCACGCUCCUGCUCGGCGAGACUGUCCGGUCCGAGCUGUCCUCGGAGCUGGGUUUCAGCCGGGAGGACCGCAGCAAGAACAUUGGCCGCAUCGCCUUUGUUGCUGGCGAGUUGACCCGCUCAGGCAGUGCUGUCAUCGCCGCCCCCAUUGCCCCCUACGAUGCCGACCGCAAGAGCGCCAAGGAGCUCGUCGAGAAGUUCGGUGACUUCUACCUCAUCCACGUUGCCACCUCGCUGGAGUACAGCGAGAAGACCGACAAGAGGGGUGUCUACAAGCGGGCCCGCGACGGACAGAUCAAGGGCUUCACGGGUGUCGAUGACCCCUACGAGGCUCCUGCCAACGCCGACUUGGUCGUCGAUGCCGAGAAGCAGUCCGUGCGUGCUAUCGUCCACCAGAUCGUUUUGCUGCUGGAGAGCCGCGGACUGUUGGACCGCCUAUAG